UGCAAUGGCCGCUCCCUUGUCUGUAAACAUACGCGUUGUGUUUACGACAGCCGCGGCUUAAAUAUUUUCCAGUGAAAGCAUCAGGCCCCUCAUUUCCUCCGUUAUUUACCUGUCCAUUACUUGACCUCAAAUCUUUAACUUGAUGUGAGAGUUUCUACAUUUUACGCUAAAAUAAGCGCGCAGCAGCUUACCGCAGUUUGCCGCCCGGCCUGGUCGGGACACAACCUGGUAGCUCGCAGGCUAGCUGCAGCUAGCUGCUCUGUUGAGACAAUGGAUGACGAUGUGUCCAUGCACAGGCUGGAAGGGUCUGAUCCAUCCGCUCAAGUUGGUGGACUGAUUGUAAAGAAGAAGAGUGCUGCUGCAGAGCCACACGUUUUUCGGGCACCCACUCCGCGCACCUCCUUGCUGGGCCUGGAUCUGCUGGCAGCCCAGAAGAGGAAGGAGCGAGAGAGUAAGGAGCAGUCAGAUGCUGGUGCCGAUGAGAGAAACAGAAAGAAGUCAAAGGUUUCCUCUUACAAAGACUGGGAGGAAAACAAAAGCGACUCUGGGUCUGAUGAAGAAGACGAUGAUAAGAACAGCGAUGCUAAGAAGGAGAGUCUUGCCAGCAGGAAGUAUCGUGUGACUGGCUCAGAGACACCUUCAAACCCCGGAGGCGUCAGCGAAGAGUUCCGACGCAGACACCAGCAGAGAGAGAAAGACAGACGUGAGCAUGGAGUCUACGCCUCCUCCAAAGAAGACAGGAACAGAGAAAGAGACAGAGAAAGGAGCAGAGAUAAAGGCAGAGACCGAAGGAGUGAAAGAGAUGAGCGAGAGAGCAGCUAUGGCCGUGGCAGUGGCAGUCGGUCAGAGCGUUCAGAGCGCGGUGAGAGGAGUGAGCGUUCACAGAGAGAUGGCUGGUCCGAACGCAUCAGCCGCGGUAGCAAGAGAGAAGAACCUCUUACGCCACAGCAUCGCCCCAGGGAUUCUUUCACACCCUCACGGUCCAACUGGGAGGAGGAUGACAGCGGUUAUGCCAGUUCACGACAUUCACAGUGGGAGUCUCCAUCCCCUGCUCCGUCUCACAGAGAGACAGAUCGCUCAGAGCGAAGCCACCGCUCUGUCCGAGAGAGUGAGAGGAGAGACAGGUCGGUCAGAGGCCGUUACCCUGAUGACACACCUCUGCCUACCCCAUCGUACAAGUACAACGAGUGGGCCAAUGACAGAAAGCAUUUAGGCUCUACACCUCGUUUAUCACAAGGAAAAGGUAGGAAAGAAGACGGUGCAGGAGGAAUUGUGUUUGAUAACGAGGACGAGAAAGACCAGUGGGAGGAGGACCAGAAGCAAGCUGACAGAGAUUGGUAUAUGAUGGACGAAGGCUACGAUGAGUUCCACAACCCUUUCACCACCACGUCUGAGGAAUAUGUGAAGAAGAGAGAGCAGAUCCUUCAGAAGCAGACUCAAAAAAGAAUAUCUGCCCAGAAGCGACAGAUCAACGAGGAUAAUGAGCGGUGGGAGACCAACCGUAUGCUGACCAGUGGUGUGGUGCAGAGAUUGGAGGUGGACGAAGACUUUGAGGAGGACAAUGCUGCUAAGGUUCACCUGCUGGUUCACAACCUGGUGCCUCCCUUUCUUGAUGGAAGAAUAGUCUUCACUAAACAGCCAGAGCCCGUCAUCCCUGUGAAAGAUGCUACCUCUGACAUGGCCAUUAUCGCUCGUAAAGGCAGCCAGCUUGUCCGGAAACACCGUGAGCAGAAAGAACGCAAAAAGGCACAGCACAAACACUGGGAAUUGGCCGGCACCAAGUUGGGGGAUAUCAUGGGCAUCAAAAAGACGGAGGAACAAGACACCUCUGGGGGGAAACCUGUAGGAGAGGAUGGCAAAGUAGACUACAGAACUGAGCAGAAAUUUGCUGACCACAUGAAAGAAAAGAGUGAGGCCAGCAGUGAGUUUGCUAAGAAGAAAAGCCUUCUGGAGCAAAGACAAUACCUGCCUAUUUUUGCUGUCAGACAGCAACUUCUUAACAUUAUAAGGGAUAACAGCAUAGUGAUUGUUGUUGGGGAGACGGGCAGUGGGAAGACCACCCAGCUGACUCAGUACCUGCAUGAGGAUGGCUACACUAGCUAUGGCAUGGUGGGUUGUACUCAGCCAAGAAGAGUGGCAGCCAUGAGUGUGGCCAAGAGAGUCAGUGAGGAGAUUGGCACCAACCUUGGAGAGGAGGUGGGCUACGCAAUCCGUUUUGAGGACUGCACUUCGGAGAAAACAUUGAUUAAGUACAUGACAGACGGUAUCCUGCUCAGGGAGUCACUGAGGGAAUCAGACCUGGACCACUACAGCGCUGUUAUCAUGGAUGAGGCUCACGAACGCUCCCUGAAUACUGACGUCCUGUUCGGUCUGCUGCGUGAGGUUGUAUCUCGACGUACGGAUUUGAAACUCAUCGUUACCUCUGCGACCAUGGACUCAGACAAGUUUGCUGCAUUUUUUGGCAACGUGCCCAUUUUCCACAUUCCAGGAAGAACAUUUCCCGUAGACAUCUUGUUUAGCAAGACACCACAGGAGGACUAUGUGGAGGCAGCAGUGAAGCAGGCCCUGCAGAUCCACCUCAGCGGGUUGAUCGGAGACAUCCUCAUCUUUAUGCCCGGCCAGGAGGAUAUUGAGGUGACGUCAGAUCAGAUUGUGGAGCGGUUGGAGGACUUGGAGAAUGCUCCUCCUCUGGCCGUACUGCCCAUCUACUCCCAGCUUCCCUCUGACCUCCAAGCCAAGAUCUUCCAGAAGGCUCCAGAUGGUGUAAGGAAAUGCAUUGUUGCUACAAACAUCGCUGAGACCUCCCUCACUGUUGAUGGAAUCAUGUUUGUCGUGGAUGCAGGAUACUGCAAACUUAAGGUGUUCAACCCUCGCAUUGGAAUGGAUGCUCUACAGGUUUAUCCCAUCAGCCAGGCUAAUGCGAAUCAGCGUUCUGGCAGAGCAGGACGUACAGGACCAGGACAGUGUUACAGGCUUUACACUCAGAGUGCCUAUAAGAAUGAGAUGCUGACUACCACCAUACCAGAGAUCCAGAGGACCAACCUGGCCAACGUAGUCCUGCUGUUGAAGUCUCUGGGUGUUCAGGAUUUGCUUCUCUUCCACUUCAUGGAUCCACCUCCUGAGGACAACAUGCUCAACUCCAUGUACCAGCUCUGGAUUUUAGGAGCUCUGGACAACACAGGUGCUUUGACACCGACGGGGCGUCUGAUGGUAGAGUUUCCUCUCGACCCUGCCCUCUCCAAGAUGCUCAUUGUAUCCUGCGACAUGGGCUGCAGUGCUGACAUCCUCAUCAUUGUCUCCAUGCUGUCAGUGCCGGCCAUCUUCUACAGACCAAAAGGUCGUGAAGAAGAGAGUGACCAGGUGAGGGAGAAGUUCUCAGUCCCAGAGAGUGACCACCUCACCUACCUUAAUGUUUACAUGCAGUGGAAGAACAACAAUUACUCCAGCAUCUGGUGCAAUGAGCACUUCAUCCACACCAAGGCCAUGCGCAAGGUGCGUGAAGUGCGCUCCCAAUUAAAGGACAUCAUGGUGCAACAGAGGAUGAACCUGAUUUCCUGUGGAUCAGACUGGGACAUCAUCAGAAAGUGCAUCUGUGCUGCAUAUUUCCACCAGGCUGCAAAGCUCAAAGGCAUUGGUGAAUAUGUGAACGUGAGGACAGGCAUGCCAUGUCACCUCCAUCCUACCAGCUCACUGUUCGGUAUGGGCUACACUCCUGACUACAUCAUCUACCACGAGCUCGUCAUGACCACCAAGGAGUACAUGCAGUGUGUGACUGCAGUGGAUGGAGAGUGGCUGGCAGAACUUGGACCCAUGUUUUAUAGCAUCAAACAUGCAGGAAAGAGUAGACAGGAGAACCGUCGACGUGCCAAGGAGGAGAUCAGCAACAUGGAGGAGGAGAUGUCCAUGGCUGAGGAGCAGCUGCGGGCCCGUCGAGAGGAGCAAGAGAGGAAGAACAACACUGGCAGUCUUAAGUAAGUUGCCAACCACCUCUUCUUCUUUUGCCUCCUCAUCACACAUGGGUCCUCAUCUAACAAUAGUUCCCCAUGGCCCUCAUUUUCCAUACGCAGUCAAGAUAGAAACAUUUAAUUUACCUACCUCACCACCAAUCCAUAUCUUCAACCCCUCCCCCUCUCCCUCUUCUCCUCUCUCACUCUCUCUAUUCCACCUCUCUCACUCUUCAUGAUGAGCUUUUCUCACCUCUGGUCCCUCCAGACGAGACAAAAAGAAAUAAUAUUGACUCCUGGCUGACCCCCAUUACUGCAGCAAUUUAAAUUGUGCCAUAGCAGAGCAGAGAAAGGAGGGGAAUGUUCAAUUUCAAAUUAGACCAAAAAAUUAAUUUCACACCCAUCCACAGGCUUUACAGAG